AUGCACCGCAGAAGAAAAUCCACCCGCCGAGAAGGCAACACGGCCUAUGCCCCUCCGCACACGCCCCCACACCCCGUCCUCCCUUACGGCUGGACCGCCCGCUUUGACACCCGCUACCAGCGCUUCUACUACGUUGAUCUCGCCACCAAGCGGACCCAGUGGGAGAUGCCGCUCGUGGCCGUUAACGCUCCCAUUCAAGGUCGAGCAUCGGGCGAGUAUCAUCGGCCUCUGUCGUUUCCGGAUGGCAUUGAGACCCCAGAACCACGAGAGCAAGACACCGGUGGCAGAGGGGAGCAGAGGCUGCUUAUCUGUGCUUCUGGUGAGGGUGGCUCUGGUGGGCAGGGCUCCGGCGAGAACCGAGGUGGUGUCCCAGGACUAGCUGCAGUGCACUGCACCGAGAGGAGGCACAUCGAGCUGAUGGCUGUGAUCAUCGAUCAGUACAUUACUCGCAACGGCCUCAUGAUCAGCCGGGUUACUGUCGGGAAGAUAACUCUAGAUCUGUCCAUGUACAUGGAUCAGCAGAAGCUGUGGACGUCUCAGUGGGAGCCAGGGCCUGCGGAACCUCACAAUCGAGAGAAGUAG